GGGGAAGGGGGGCAAAAAUGGCUGCCCCCAUCAAGAUCACAGGGUGGGGGGUUAUUAGAGUCCGGGCUUCUGGCUGACAUAACCCCCUGCCCUCCACAAUCGGCCUUGCCAGGGUAUUACCUGGUGCUUUUGUAGGGGUAUCUGCUUUCUGGAGCCUCCCCCGCCCCGCAAAUAUUUGUAUGCACGCCCUAGAUUUUGCUUCGACCCUGGCUGGAGCAUUAAAGCAUGCUGCAUUGACGAUCCCUCCCCCCCCCCCCUCACACACAAUCGCCCUGCUGCUGAGAAUCCCCCCUCCCCUUCUCUCUGACAGCUUGAAAAACCACGUCCCCUGCUUGGUUGACCAUGUCUAGAGAAGACUUUCCGCUGUGCCUCAAAGGCCUCUACUUCCUAAUAUUAAAUUGCUCCUCUGCUUAACGAGGAUUUCAACCCCCACCCCCUUGCCUGGUCUUAAUUUAAAGUGAGAGCCGGGAAAGGUUGCAUACAAAAAGACUUAAAAACAAACACCAACAAACGCAUGGGCCGGCAGCUGAGCUAGGUGGGGGCGGAUUAAAAGGGGGGGCCAUGGGGAAUAUGCUGUCCCCAGUGCCUGGCCUGCGGAGGGGGGCCCGUCGCGAGCAGCCGGUCUCCAACCCAGGCAGCUUCGAUGAACUCCACCGAAAAUGCAAAGAAGUCUUCCCCCAGCAAAUGGAAGGAGUCAAGCUUAUCAUUAAUAAAUCCCUCAGUAGCCAUUUUCAGGUGACCCACACCAUUCACAUGAGCACAAUCGGCCAGUCCAACUAUCACCUCAAUGCAACGUAUGUGGGGGACGAGCAGCUGAGUCCCACGGAGGCCUUCCCAACACUCGUUGGAGAUAUUAACAAUGCUGGGAGCCUCAACGCUCAGGUGCUCCACCUGCUGGCAGAGCGGAUACGAACAAAGGCCAUAUUUCAGACUCAGCAGUCCAAAUUUGUGACUUGGCAGUUUGAUACUGAAUACCGCGGGGAUGACUACACGGCUACCCUGACUUUGGGCAACCCCGAUUUGGUCAGCGAAUCGAUCAUCGUUGUUGCGCACUUCCUGCAGAGCAUGACUUCGCGGUUGGUCCUAGGGGGCGAGAUGGUGUACCACCGGCGGCCGGGAGAAGAGGGGGCCAUUGUCACCCUCGCUGGGAAAUACACAGCUCUCAAAUGGAUCGCCACGCUCAACCUGGGCUAUGGUGGGGCUCACGCCAGCUACUACCAUCGGGCCAAUGACCAGAUCCAGGUCGGGGUGGAAUUUGAGGCGAACACACGUCUACAGGACACAAGCUUUGCCUUUGGUUAUCAGCUCACAUUGCCGCAGGCCAACAUGGUUUUCAGAGGUUUUGUGGACAGUAACUGGUGCGUGGGGGCUGUUCUAGAGAAAAAGCUCCCCCCUCUGCCUGUCACCCUGGCCUUGGGCACUUUCCUCAAUCAUUGGAAAAACCGGUUCCACUGCGGUUUCAGCAUCAUCGUGGGCUGAGCAUCCCAGGGAGCCAGUCUCCGCUUGCGCGAAGGGCUGCUGGAUUUCACUGGGUGAAACUGCAUGGGAAGAGGUGACAGAGGUGGUCGGCUGCCUGCGUGCGUCCAGGGCUCGGGGAAGUGUUCUGUGUGUGGGUGCCGUGGGGCCGUUUCCGUGGCAUGGAUGACAAAGAGUGGGGGGACCCGACCCGACCCGACCCGACCCUCCCUCUGAGAGUGUCCACGCUGCCAUCCUGCCGUGAAGAGGUGUGCCAAUUUAUUUAUUUAUUGCCUUCGGAAAGACACACCAAGACGGAGAACGCGCUUUCCUCCCAAAACCGGGCUGUGGAUUGUGCAAGGCGUCAACUUGGUGGCAAGGCUUUUGGGGCAGGAUGCAACAGCCCUCGCUCGUGAAGGGGCGGCGGCCGCUGUGCCCUCACCAUCUGUCAGUGUUUGGUGGAAAUUCCCCUCAGGGGAUUGCGUGCUGUCUGUGAGCUCUGGAUUUCAUAGAGUCUAUAGUCCAGGAAGCACUGUGCCGCUCCAGGACUGCGAUAAGGGCAAAGGUUGUGGUUUCUGUGCAAGGACAGCUUGGAUUCCAAUUAAAAUCGUACCAGGGGGCUUCCCCACAAAA